AUGAUCAAGUUCCCCCGGGACGGCGUGGAGGCGGCCUAUAGGAGGCUGGACGACAUGAUCGCCCAAACAGCUGUGGAGGAGGGCGUCGACUUCAAUGCCCACGCUGGCCAGAUGCUGGAGAAGCUCCUGAUCCCGGCUUAUGAGGUGAUGUACGGCACCUACUACGACUACCUGGCAGCUUCCCGCCCCGCCCUGGUGAUGUGCGACUUCAUGGCGGAUGCCUGCGUGGACGCGGCCCACACGCUCAAGCUGCCGUUCGUGGUUGCCAUGCCGACCCUCAUGCCGGGCGUGACGGACGCGCCCUAUAACCUCGGAUGGAACGACGAUCCGCACCGCCCCGCGACGACCGAGCGCAUGCCGCUGUGGCAGAAGCUGCGGGAGAAGGUGGCGGGGCCAUUGCUGGCCAUGCGCCACCUGAUGGGGCCACUCUUGAAGCUAGAGGCCACACGCAAAAGGCUCGGCGUCGAGCCGAUGUACAGCCACCCGGCAAAGAGGUGGGCGGCCAGCCUCAAGAUCGUCACCACCUUCGCAGGCUUCGAGGUGCCGCGGCCUUUGGACCCAUUAGUGCAUCUGGUCGGGCCCGUCGACACGCACGAGAAUUCAAUGCUGACGCCCGAGCUGGAGGCGUUUUUGGAGGGGCGGCGACGAGUGGUGUACGUCGCCCUGGGCCAAUGGGUGGUGCUGGCACCGCGCGACGCGCUCGAGGCGGUCUUAGAGUCUGGCCUGGCCGACGGCGCGAUCUGGGCGACUUCGCCGAAGAACGCGCCGGCCUUUGAAGGGGCCGCGCUGCCGCGCGGCGUCCUGCUGCAGCGCUGGGUGCCGCAGGGCGCAGUGCUACGCCACGCAGCGACGGCCGCGUUCGUGUCCCACGGCGGGAUCGAGUCGUGCCACGAGGCGAUGAGAGCGGGCCUGCCGAUGGUCAUCAUGUGUGUCCAAGGCGACCAGUGCACCAACGCUGCCAAGCUGUCAGAGCUGGGCAUGGCCGUCGGACUCACGAGGGGCGACGUCCGGUCUGGCGCGCUGGGCCCCGCGCUGACCACGAUCCUGGAGGACAAGAACGGCAGCUUCCGUGCAGCCGCCAACCGCAUGCGCGGCCUGGCCGCCAUCGCCGGCAGGCGCUCCAAAGAUGCGGCCGCAGAUCUGCUGGAGAUGGCCCUGAAUUAUGGGUGGUCCCACCUCAUGCCCCCCAGCAGCCGGAUGCCGUGGUGGGCGGCUUCAAAUGCUGAUGUCAUCGCUGUCUGCGCCGCCGCCGCUGCGGCCGUGCUGGGCACGCUGGCCGCGGCAGCUGUCAUGCUCACCUGGCGAGCGCGGGGUGGCGGGAAAAGGGAAGGCGAGGCCGAAUUCCACGCAAAGAAGCGGGAGUGA